AUGUCGGACGAAGAACAUCAUUUUGAGUCGAAGGCUGACGCCGGAGCUUCGAAGACCUUUCCCCAGCAGGCUGGUACUAUCCGCAAGAACGGUUAUAUUGUCAUCAAAGGCCGAGCUUGCAAGGUUGUGGAGGUCUCAACUUCCAAGACUGGCAAGCAUGGUCAUGCAAAAUGCCACUUUGUUGGAAUUGACAUCUUCAAUGGAAAGAAGCUUGAAGAUAUUGUUCCUUCUUCUCACAACUGUGAUGUUCCCCACGUGAAUCGCACCGACUACCAGCUGAUUGAUAUAUCUGAGGAUGGAUUUGUGAGUCUGCUGACCGACAAUGGCAAUACCAAGGAUGACCUGAAGCUUCCGACCGAUGAAAGUCUGCUUACGCAGAUCAAGGAUGGAUUUGCCGAGGGAAAAGACCUGGUUGUGAGUGUGAUGUCUGCCAUGGGGGAGGAGCAGAUCUGCGCCCUCAAGGAUAUUGGUCCAAAGUAG